GCAAGCGCACAACGACGUCGUUUAUGCUGAGAAGGAUUCGAAAUCGAUUGUCGAAAAAAACUUAAGUCAAUCAACAAAAUGUCGGAUAAACAAAAUGCUCAAAAAAGUGCUAAAAUAGCAGCUGGCGCCGUGGUGUGCGUCGAAAGCGAGAUCAGAGGGGAAGUCACUAUUGGUGCCAGAACGGUGGUCCAUCCCAAAGCCCGCAUCAUUGCCGAGGCAGGACCCAUAGUCAUCGGAGAAGGCAACCUCAUCGAGGAACAAGCUCUUAUAAUUAACAGUUAUCCAGAGAACAUAGGGCCUGACUCUGAGGGAGUGGAGCCAAAGACGAUGACCAUCGGCAUCAACAACGUGUUUGAAGUUGGGUGUAUGUCUCAAGCUUUGAAAAUUGGGGACAACAAUGUCAUAGAAUCCAAAGCUGACCUGGGCAGGAACAUGAUUCUAACUUCUGGUUGCAUCAUCGGCGCCUGUUGCCAGGUCAACACCUGUGAGGUCAUACCUGAAAACACUGUCAUCUUCGGCUCGGGGUGUCAGAGACGUGUGCAGACAGAGCGACCACAGCCUCAGACUCUUCAGCUCGACUUCCUGAUGAAGAUCCUCCCCAACUACCACCACAUGAAGAAGACUGUCAAAACCACCUCCGCUGUCACGCCGGCCAAAAACUAAACCCCACCAGCUCUCAGCCCCCAAAAAAAUUUACCUCUCUGGCAGACAGCGAACGCAGGAAUCUCUUACCACUCAACAUGUACUGCCACGACUUUAACAAGAAUCUGAAGAAUGUCACUGAACUGUUCUCCUUGUCUCACCACCCCGAGGUCCAGUUUCCCAGACCCGGCUGGAUUUAAACAGUUUAGUCCAUGAUGAGCCUAGGUUUUGGCCUUUCUAGGGAGUUUUUCCUAACCACCGUGCUUCUACACCUGCAUUGCUUGCUGUUUGGGGUUUUAGGCUGGGUUUCUGUACAGCACUUUGAGAUAUCAGCUGAUGUACGAAGGGCUUUAUGAAUAUAUUUGAUUUGACCUAUGACUGGGAAACUGCCCCUUGGUAGUGGAAGUGCUAUAUGUUUCCUGUCUGACUGUUUACCACCAAAUGCUUUAUAUCCAAUUGUAAUUAAAAAAGGACUUAUUUAACAGUA